AUGGCUAAUAGUGAAUGCUCGAGUUCAGGUGCAAGGUCAUUCUACAAGAAGAAGUUUGACGGUUCCUUAUGCUACUGUAAGAAGCGAACAAGUUCAGCGAAGGCAUGGAGAGAUGAAAAUCAAAGUCGAAGGUUUUGGUGUUGUGAUUCUCAUGGUUUCGUCGACUGGAUUGAUAAGGAGGAGAAAAAUGAAUGGAAGAAACAAAGUUUACUGGAUGCCAGAGGCGUGAUGGAUCGUCAGAGAGAAGAAAUCAGAAAUCUUAAGCAGUUGGUUAGGACAACUUCUCAACAAGUAAAAACUGAAGAUUCAACUGCAUUAUUGUUGGAGGAAGGAGAUAGAAUCGUAGAGGAAAAGAAAAAACUUGAAACUGCACUUAUAACAUCAGUUGAAAAGGAGAAAUUGCUAAGACAAUUCCUUGGUCUUUUCUGGGGAGUCUUCGUUGUUAUCAUAGUCAUCAUGGUCGUUGGCAUUCUGAAGAAGUAG